AUGAGCAUUCGGGCAUGGCGGGCGAAAUCCUUGCAGCACGGUAGCGCCGCAUCGCUGGGAGAGGCCGCAUUGCUGGAAAUCCAGCGCCUCGCAGCGAUUCAUCGAGAGGGUAAGCAGCAGCAGGAUCGAAAUCUUCAUGGCGAGCAGGAGAUCAAAGAUCAUGCGAACCGCAUCCGGCAGUGCGGGCGAGCCGGAGAUCUGGCCGAGGCCGAGCGGGUUCACGCCGCGGUGCUGCGAUCCGGGCUCGGCGGCGAUCGCUUCCUCUCCAAUCUCUUGGUGGAGAUGUACGGCAGGUGCGGCGGCGUGGAGGGCUCCCGUACGGCGUUCGAUGCCAUUGAGUCCCCAAACGUCUACUCGUGGACGCUGCUCAUCGCGGCAUAUGCCCGCAAUGGGCAUCACAGGGAGGCCAUAGAGGCGCUGAGGAGAAUGGAUCUGGAUGGAGUAGAGGCCGAUACUUUCACUUACUCCACCAUUUUCAACAUGAUCUCGCGCAAGGAGAUGCUGCCCCAGGCAAGGUGGCUCCACGAGAGAGUCUCGACGUCUUUGGAGCUUGGGUUGAACAGAGAUAUCUUCCUGGGAACUGCCAUCGUCAACAUGUAUGGGAAAUGUGGCAGCAUACACGACGCCGAAGAGAUCUUCUUUCGGAUGGAGCACAGGGACGUGGUGGCCUGGAACGCGAUGCUCUCGGCCUAUGCUCACAACGGGUACGAGCUCGAGGCGGCCAAACUGUUCCAGGAGAUGGAACACGAGGGAGUCAAGGCGGACAGGGUGGUUUUUGUGAGCCUUCUCGAGGCUUGCUCUAAGCUGGGGGACUUGGAGCAAGGGAAGGUGGUGCACGGGCGCGUGACCGAGCUCGGGUUUGAGGCCGAGGACGUUCUCGGGCACGCGCUGGUCGCUUUUUGGUAA